AUGGCUACCAUAAUCGCCGCACGACAAGAUUCGAUUCCUACAUCUAUAACUCUGGCGGCUAGUUAUCUUGGCAUAGCGCGCUUGAACGGUGGAAUAAUUCGCUUCCCAGGGCCCGAACAUGUCAGAACACACAUCACAGAGGAUGGAAGGGUUUGGAAACUGGUCCGUCUCUACAAGUUCCUCGACAUUCGCAGUUACGCAAAGUCCCAAGGGACCCAAGAAUACUUCCUGUUUCGGAAGGCACGAUUAUGGCAUCGUAUCCUGUUCAACAGGGCUUACUCCGACAGCGCAAAAAACCCAUUCAAAGAUUUUUGCGUAUCUGUCAGUGAGAUGAAAAGAAUGGUUCAGCUAAUUCGCCAUUGUCCCCCCAAGCUCGACCAGGUGAACUACUUGACAGGUGGGGGGGAAAUAGUGACACCUCUUGCGCAAGCCGACAUCGACCAGGACAAGCGGAUGUGCCCUAUCUGCUACUUGAAUUUCACCGUCGAUUGGUCUACUUUGGACUUACGACGAGAUGGAACAACCGACGAAAAGAUACUGAGCGAAGCAAAACUCGAGGUACAAAAUUUGGUCAAAUCUACCUUCUCAAGGUUUCUGCCACCCCCUAAAGACGCAGAUAUCAAGAUGCCCACCGGGUUUCUCGCUUCUCUACACACAAUUACAGCCGAGAUUGAAGCAUUUGAUAAGAUGAUGGCUGAACUCAAGGCCAGUGCACUGGGAAAAGAAGAGUAUUGCAACCAGCCAGUUCAGACCACCUGUGGACAUAUCAUGGGUAAAGAUUGCCUCAAGUCGUGGUGUGAGCAAAAUCCGUCCAAGUCGACCUGUCCAUAUUGCAGAGUGGAUUUAACUACGCCUAUUAAAGUAGCCUUAGAUCUUUUCGGGUGA